CUCUCUAUCUUCAGAACGCAACAAAGUGUAUUACUCGUAGAACGAACGGCAAGGCGGGCAUACAAAUAUUGCUUGAACAAACAUUCAAUUAAAUACAAAUAUUUAUUAAAUUUUUUUCAAGUGCCCAUUAAGUGUAGCGUGCAGACAAGAAGUGAAGCACUUUUGACCAAUUGAACGAAUUGUUGAAUAAUUCAAGAAUACUUUUUAAAACCACAAAAUGGAGGGUGAAUCCACAGAGUCCACACACAAUACCAAAGUGUCUGACUCAGCCUACUCCAAUAGUUGCAGUAACAGUCAAUCACAACGCAGUGGCAGCUCAAAAUCCCGACUAAGCGGCAGCCACUCCUCAGGCAGCAGCGGCUAUGGCGGCAAACCAUCGACACAGGCCAGCAGCAGCGACAUGAUCAUUAAACGCAACAAGGACAAGUCACGGAAAAAGAAGAAGGUCAAAUGUGUGGUACAGACGACAACGGGAGCUCUAGAAAAUGCCGAAGAACAGCCAAGCACCAGCGACGGCCUGUUGCUACAGACCGAGACGGCUCAGCAAAUGUGCGAGCCUCCACAGGAGACUCAGAGCGAUGCACAGCUGGAGGCUGAGAAUAUUGAACAAAACAAAUCGGAGCAGACCCUCCAGUUUCCCACACCCUCCCCAUUGGCGCUUUCGGCAUCACAAGGUGGUAAGUCCGAGAAGACAUGCGAAUCGGCGCCGGGCAAGCUCGAGUCGGGGGCUCGACAACAGGAGCGCGUUAAGGAAGACAGUUUUUGUUGCGUCAUCUCAAUGCAUGACGGGAUAGUUCUCUACACAACGCCCAGUAUUACCGAUGUGCUCGGCUAUCCGCGCGACAUGUGGCUGGGACGAUCAUUUAUUGACUUUGUGCAUGUGAAGGACCGGGCCACCUUUGCCAGCCAAAUAACGACAGGCAUACCAAUUGCUGAGUCACGCGGAAGCAUGCCCAAGGAUGCGCGUAGCACCUUCUGUGUGAUGCUGCGACGCUAUCGGGGUCUCAAGUCCGGGGGCUUUGGCGUCAUCGGCCGAGCUGUAAACUAUGAACCGUUCCGGCUGGGCUUGACGUUUCGCGAGGCACCAGAGGAGGCAAGACCGGAUAACUAUAUGGUAUCAAAUAGCACUAAUAUGCUGCUAGUAAUCUGUGCCACUCCCAUUAAAAGCAGCUAUAAAGUUCCUGAUGAGAUAUUAUCGCAGAAGAGCCCAAAAUUCGCCAUACGCCACACGGCCACCGGCAUUAUUUCACACGUGGAUAGCGCAGCCGUGUCUGCGCUGGGGUAUUUGCCCCAGGACUUGAUUGGCCGUUCCAUUAUGGAUUUUUACCAUCACGGAGACCUGCUGGUCAUGAAGGAGACCUACGAAAUGAUCAUGAAGAAAGGCCAAACAGCUGGAGCCUUCUUUUGCAGCAAACCGUACCGUUUUCUUAUACAAAAUGGAUGUUACGUAUUGCUAGAGACGGAAUGGACGAGCUUCGUCAAUCCGUGGUCACGCAAGCUGGAGUUUGUCGUUGGCCAUCACCGCGUAUUUCAGGGACCCAAACAUUGCAACGUAUUCGAGGCAGCACCCAAUAUAAAGACCAAAAUCUCGGACGAGGCGCUGAGUCGCAGCGCACGCAUCAAAGAGGAAAUUGUGAAAUUAUUUGCGGAAAGUGUGUCGCGGCCAUCCGAUGCGGUCAAACAAGAAGUUUCCCGCCGCUGCCAGGCGCUGGCCUCCUUCAUGGAGACGCUUAUGGAUGAGGUGUCGCGUGCCGAUCUCAAGCUGGAGCUGCCUCAUGAGAACGAGCUGACGGUCUCCGAACGUGACAGCGUAAUGCUCGGGGAGAUUUCGCCGCAUCACGACUACUCUGACAGUAAGAGUUCCACUGAGACGCCACCCAGCUACAAUCAGCUAAACUAUAACGAGAACCUGCUGCGUUUUUUUAACAGCAAGCCUGUCACCGCGCCCGUUGAGCUCGAUCCGCAAAAGAUGGAACCCUCAUACAUGAGUAGUGCCGAUGCGCGAAGUACCCUCAGUCUGGUGCAGUGCUUCGAAGGCAGCGGCGGCAGCGGAUCAUCUGGUAAUUUCACAUCUGGCAGUAAUAGGCACAUGAGUAGUGUGACCAACACCAGCAACGCCGGGACCGGCACCUCAGGCACCUCGGGGGCGCAUGGUGCCAAUAAUGGGGGUUCCAGUGCACCACCCGUAACUGUCACACUCACCGAAUCUUUGCUAAACAAGCACAACGACGAGAUGGAAAAAUGUAUGUUGAAAAAGCAUCGAGAGUCUCGCGGACGCAGUGGCGAAAAGAACAAGAAAUCGGUCACCGAUAAAAUGCUCGAGUAUAGUGGCCCUGGUCACGGCAUCAAACGUGGCGGCUCACACUCAUGGGAGGGUGAGGCCAACAAGCCCAAACAGCAGCUGACCAACGCCACAGAUAUGCCGGCCAAGUCGGGCGCCCUACCCACUAGUCAGCAUCAGUAUACCAAAAACAUAAAUCUCUGGUCACCAUUCUCAGUGGGAAUCACGACACCGGCGCACACCACACACACAGCUAUGGCGCAGAGCAGCUUCUCGCCACAGCACAGCCUCUUCUCCGCCUUCUACUAUAUACCGGCGGCAGCAGCAAGCACAUCCAAUACCACGGCCAGGAAGACUGUAGAGAUGCCCAGCACCUCGCAGCAGGCCAUGCCAUUGCAGUAUAUGGCUGGCGUCAUGUAUCCCCAUCCAUCCCUAUUCUACACACAUCCGGCGGCAGCGGCGGCCACAGCCAUGAUGUACCAGCCUAUGCCGUUCCCGAGCGUGGCCAACGCCAUGCAGCUGCCGGAUCAGCCCACUAGUUCGCAGUCCAGUUACAAUAAGAUUAUACAUUCGGCACAACAGACUAUGGUGGCGCCACCUACAACUACGAGAAUUCAGGGCGCAUUCCAUUCCAUAACGCCGGCUCAACUACAACGACCCUCGUCGCAGGCAACGUCUGUCAAAGCAGAGCCCGGUUCCAAUGUGGCACCCUCGGACAGCUCUAAAAAGGAAGUGGCAGACUCUUCCAUUGCCUCCGUAAUGGGAGACUACACAUCCGAUGUUCCCAAUCAUAGUUCCAAUAUGAAGAAAUACACAGACAGUAAUGGGAACAGCGACGACAUGGAUGGCUCCAGUUUCUCAUCAUUCUACUCAUCGUUCAUAAAAACCACAGAUGGGUCGGAAAGUCCGCAGGAUAAUGAUAAGGAUGGCAAACAUCGAAAAACUAAGUCGUCCAUGUCACAAUCGGAUAGCAAAAUAGUGGAACAUCCGGAGGAGGAUCAGACGCAACAUGGCGAUGGAUAACUUAACGACUAAGUGCUGCUGACUGACACACACAGCCAAACCAGCAGUGUAAAUGAUCCGUCCAGCAGCUAAAAGGGGCAACGAUUAGAACCGAAUCACCAGCAUGUUUCCUAAGAUUAUCAACCAAAGAGCCAGAGUACUACUUUCCACAGCAGUUUGUCUUCCCCGUAGAACGCAACCAACUACACCAACCCAUUUAAUCCAUAUCGGCGAUUUCCAUUGCGGCAUUUUGGCAUCGAAUACUUGUACGUUGAAAACCUUUCAACUUUAGGAACAACUGUUUUUUUCCAAAUAAAUACCUGCAAUAACAUCCAAAUGGUUGCUAACCAAA